AGAGAAAUUUUAUUUUUGUUUAUCGUUUAUCCUAUUAUUAUUAAGUUUAAUUUAGAAUGAGCUCUUUAAAAGCAUCUGUACUUCAAACAUUCAAAAAACUGCAUAGGACUAGGCUCAAAGUUUUUGCUGGAGAUGUUAAAGCAUUAUCUGCUGCUCGGGCUAAAAUCAAUGAGGAAUACAAGAAAAAUAUAAAUGUUAAAGACAUUGAAUCAAUAAUAGCAAUGAAUAAAUUUGCUGAAGAUGUUAUCAAAGAACUCCGAACACAAGUUAUACAAGCAAAAGAGGUUAAAAAAGGAGUGUAUGUUGCCAGAAUCACAGAAGACACAGUGAAAUUGGACAAUCUACCAUUCAAUGAGGAAAUGAUCCCUGAAGAAGGUGUUAGACGUGGAAAAAGUAAAUGUUGUCAAGACAUUUCACAAAAUAAAUAGAUUUUAUGGAAUA